CGGGUGGGCAGCUCAGCUUUGUGGGGGGCGAAAAAGAGGAGCUUUCCCUUCUCCUUCUUCUCCUUCUCCUCCCUCGGUGAUCUGCCUCGCUGGGGCAUCUCUAAAAGCAUCCGACUCCGACGCCACCACCACCAGUUCACCACCGCUGAAAGAAUCAGCAGCAGCAGCAGAGGCCACACGAGGAGAUGAAGAAGUGCCCGUCGGAGCUGAACUUCGAGGCGUUCUUCCACGGCGAGAGGGGGGAGGACGACGCCGACGCCGCCGCCGACCAGAAGCCCGGCGGCGGCCCGCACCCGCCGCCGUUCGCCAUGUUCUCCGCCGCCGACCUCUCCAGCUUCGGCUUCGCGGACUCGGUGACGAGCACCAUCACUGGGGUCAUUCCCAAUCACAUAUGGCCCCAGUCCCAGAGCCUCAACGCACGGCAUCCUGCAGUCUACACAAUUGAGUCGCAAUCAUCAAUCUGUGCAGCAGCAAGUCCCACGUCAGCUACCACUCUGAACAUGAAGGAGAGCCAAACUCUGGGAGGCACAAGUGGUUCAGAUUCUGACAGUGAGUCGCUGUUGGAUAUAGAGGGCGGUCCAUGCGAACAAAGCACAAACCCACUGGACGUUAAGAGAAUGAGAAGGAUGGUUUCCAACCGGGAGUCUGCUCGUCGAUCAAGGAAGAGAAAGCAAGCUCACUUAGCUGAUCUCGAGACGCAGGUUGACCAGCUCCGGGGCGAAAACGCAUCGCUUUUCAAGCAGUUGACAGAUGCCAAUCAGCAAUUCACGACGGCGGUCACGGACAACAGAAUCCUCAAAUCAGACGUGGAGGCCCUCCGGGUCAAGGUGAAGAUGGCGGAGGACAUGGUGGCGCGGGGGGCGCUGUCGUGCGGCCUCGGCCACCUGGGCGGGCUGUCGCCGGCGCUGAACCCCCGGCAGGGGGCGUGCCGCGUCCCCGACGUGCUCACCGGGCUGGACUACGCCGGCGACGACCCCUUCACCGGGCUGUCCCCGCCGGAGCAGGUGCAGAUGCCCGGCGGUGGCGAGGUGGGUGACGCCUGGGGCUGGGACAACCACUCCAAUGGCGCCAUGUCCAAGUGAAAACUACUUCUUACUGCUUUGUCAGCUCAGCUACGUAUAAAAAUGUGAUGUCCCAAGUGAACGGACUUGAGUUUUUCAGAGUCCUCGUGUCGUGUCAAGUGUCGUCCUGUAAUAGAACUGACUAGCUAUAUAUAGUACACAGUAUUUGGUAAGAGACUGAAAAACUACGAAGUAUAAAUGUUGUGGAGGUUAGAGCUUUUCUCUGAUUUUA